GAUCGUUAAGGAUGGAUGAUGGUUAAUGGUAGGCUGGUGUGGUUAGAGAUGACCAAGGGCCAGCAGGAUGGUUGAGCAUAAGUAGGUGUUUAUUGAAAAAUCAAAUUUCAAAUCGAGCCCUUUAUUUGUCAUCCAUCCUCGACAUGGCCCGGUCGUCUUUCGGCCACAGAAGGAUGGAAAGUUGUGAGAUCGAAAUAUGUCCAAGACUCGCCUUUUCUCGGGUCAUGGGAUGUUGAUCGACGCUUCUCUUCGACAUCCCACGGUGUCGCACCGACCUCUCCACAUUGACACGGCCGUCACAAGAUCCAAUUUGACAAACACGAUACUUUUCGAGGGGAAAUAUUUGGGAGAUGAAAUUCGUAAGUUGGAUGAGAAAAAGAUUUUGUGGCGCGAAUCACAGACGUUCUUCAAAGAAAAAUGUCCAAAGCGAAUAUACAAAGAGAGAAUUUGUAGAGACAAAGCGUUAUAUACCUCUGAAGGAAUAUUUCGGCCUCACGUACACACUUGUGAAGACCGAGGGGCUUGACGAAUACCUCGCCUCGUUGGGUCUCAACUUUGUUAAGCGAAAGAUCGCCGUCAAAAUCCUGCCCGACACGUUCGAGCUCAACUACGAAUCGGGACACUUCGUCCUUUACACCUUCUCGAAUUUCUUGAAGCUCGAGCUCGAGUUCAAGCUGAACGAAGAGAUGGAACUCAAGACCCCGGACGGGAGGUUGUGCAAGGUCGUAUAUUCGUUCGAACCGCCCAACAAACUCGUCGAGGUUCAAAAGAGCUCGACCGUGAACAGGAUCGUACGCUACUUUUCCCAGGACGACGUCGUCAUGCAGUUCAAUGUCAAUUCGACCGUGUGCAGAAUGUACUUCGAGAGAAUCCUCAAAACUGACAAAUCGCCAAAGCUCCGUUUCCGGUCGCGCAGCCUCACUCCUUUCCAUCACUACAACUGUAUCAAUUAAUAAAAUAUAUACAAUUUCAACCGGUCUAUUUGCCUUUUGUACACACGUACACAUGAGGAAACGUCUUAAUGCCACUUUAGUUUCAUACGAAAUCGUAUUUCUGCGGAUGACCCAGCCCUCCCUUUUCUUUUAUAUUUUUCGUUAUGUAGUUAUUUGAUUGUAGUAAUUAGAAUUAUAGCCGUUUGAUA